CCGCUCCCGGCCGCCCCCCCCACCCCCCACCAUGGGCAACGUCUGGGCCGCCGGGUCCCCCCCGCCCCCCCCCACGGCGCACCCUCCCCCCCUCCUGCCCGUGCCCCCCCCCGGCUUUGGGGGCCCACCCCCCAUGAGCGGCCUGGGGGGGUCUGGGGGGGCCCCCCCCAGCCCCACGGAGCCCCCUGGGGGCGACCCCCUGCCCAACCCAGGGGCCUUCGAGGAGUGUCACCGGCGCUGCAAGGAGCUGUUCCCGGUGCAGAUGGAGGGGGUGAAGCUGACAGUGAACAAGGGGCUCAGCAACCACUUCCAGGUGAACCACACGGUCGCUCUCAGCACUUUGGGGGAGUCCAACUACCAUUUUGGGGCCACCUAUGUGGGCACGAAGCAGCUGAGCCCCACUGAGGCCUUCCCGGUGCUGGUGGGGGACAUGGACAACAGUGGGAGCCUCAACGCCCAGGUGAUCCACCAGGUGACGGGGAGGCUCCGCUCCAAGGUGGCCUUCCAGACGCAGCAGGCGAAGUUCGUGAACUGGCAGGUGGACGGCGAGUAUCGGGGGGGCGACUUCACGGCCGCCCUGACCCUGGGGAACCCUGACAUCCUGCUGGGAUCAGGGAUUCUGGUGGCCCAUUACCUGCAGAGUGUGACCCCCACCCUGGCGCUGGGGGGGGAGCUGGUCUAUCACCGGCGCCCAGGAGAGGAGGGGGCCGUGGUGUCCCUGGCUGGGCGUUACACAGCGCCCACGUGGAUCGGGACCCUCACGCUGGGGCAGGCGGGGGCUCACGCUACCUACUACCACCGAGCCAGUGAGCAGCUGCAGGUGGGAGUGGAGUUCGAGGCCAGCACGAGGCUCCAGGAUUCCAGCGUCGCCUUUGGGUACCAGCUGGAGCUGCCCCGGGGGAACCUGCUGUUCCGGGGUACGAGGGGGGGGCCAAAAAUG